CAAUGCAAUUAAGAAAAAAUGAAGCAGCAACGCCACGCACGGUGUUAUUCGUCAACAACAGAGGAAACCCUAACAUCAUCACUUCCCACUCUUCCUUUGGAUCUCACUGUUGAAAUACUCUGUAGAUUACCGGUAAAGUUUCUUCUUCAAUUUCGAUCUGUCUGCAAGCUAUGGAAUUCUCUUAUCUCCGAUUCCAAAUUCACUAACAAGCAUCUUCACCAAUCAACCACUCACAGAAUCAACUCCGUUUUCUACUCCUCUUUUCUACGCAGACACAUUUUUGAGUCUUACCCACUCGACUCCAUUUUCUCUAACAUAUACACUAAUGUCACACACUUUCACCUCGAUCAUCCUCCCAACAGUUUUGAUGAAGAUUACCCUCUCGACGGUGCAUGUUCCAUUGUUGCAUCUUGCAAUGGUAUCGUUUGUCUUGCAUACUCUUACGACGAUAGUUUUGUUCUAUUGUGGAAUCCUUCCAUUAGGAAAUUUAAAGAAUUGCCCUCUCCUGAAAACCUAAAAGUUCAUUUUAUCAUUACAACAUCAUAUGGCUUUGGCUAUGAUCAUGUUAAUGAUAAUUACAAGGUAGUACUUGUUUUUCGGUAUUCUAUCAACAAAACUCAGGUGUUGGUUCAUACUGUUGGUACUGAGUUUUGGAAAAGUAUUCAAAAGUUUCCUUUUGGUUGUGUCCCUCUUGGGCGAUCGGGGACAUUCGUUAGUGGUACAAUUAAUUGGGUGCCUCUUAAGCAUGGGAGAGUUAAAUCUAAAUCUUUUAUUGUUUCUUUUGAUUUGAGAACCGAGUCUUAUAGAAAGAUUUUGCAGCCCGAUUACGGAGAGUUUGUGCCAGACGCAGAGGAGUUAUCCUUAGGUGUGUUGAGAGAAUGCUUGUGUCUAAUUUCUUAUAGUAAUGUUUGGAUUAUGAAGGAAUUUGGAAACAAAGGAUCUUGGACUAAGAUUUUCACUAAUACAUAUAACUCUUGUUUUGACUUGACUAAGGCGAUAUAUAUGUUUGACGAUGAUCAACUCUUGCUUGAAGCUUCUUAUGGUCCGGCCACCAAAAAAUUGAUUCUUCAUGAUCCAAAAACUGGGACUAUUAAGUUUAUUAAAUUUAAAAACGCGAGUACUCUUGAUUCAAGUCUUGAAGUCUGUGCUGAGAGUUUAAUAUCGCCUUGGUCUUAAGCAAUGAUUGGAUAUCAUAAAAUGAAGGAGUGAACACAGUGAACUGGAAUGAAGAUUCCAUUCCAUCAUAUGGAAAUUUUAAGACGGAAAAAAAGACGGAAAAAGACAAAUUGUUUAUCAUGCUAAAAGGGAAGAAAUACUGCUCAUUCGUGUCACUAAGCAUGUGAUUCAAAUAUAAUCUUUAUGUUAAUUUAUGUUGUUAUUUAUUUUUUAACUUUUUGGGUAACUAGUUA